AUGAAUUCAAAUUAUGCUCGCUCAAUCUUCGAUCAAGUUGAUACCAACCGUGAUGGUGCCAUCGAUAGAAAUGAAUUUCAACAAUGGAUCAGUAGUAAUCGAGGUGGUGCUAGCUUUGAUGGUGCAUCAGGCUAUGGAUCAUCAUCAUCGUCAUCAUUUGGCAGCUCUGGAUUUAACGCAGGUGCUGGUUUAGCUGGUGGUAACUAUGGUAGUUCAUCAAGCUAUGAAUCAUCAGGCAGCAGUGGAUAUGGUGCUUCUGCUGGAUUUGGUGGCGCAUCAAACUAUGGAUCAUCAUCAUCAUACCAAUCAUCAAGUAACGGAUUCGGAGGUCAAGCAUACAGUUCAGAAACAAAUGUUCAAAGAUAUGCAACUGAUGCUCAAGGACUCUACCAAGAUCCAAAUCCACAAAUCAUCCGCCGUCCAGCUGCAGGUGGUGUUAAAACAUAUACACAAAACAUCAAAAUUCGCUUCCUUCAACCACCACCAAUCCCACCACCAGGUCCACUCAUUAUCAAAGAAGUUCGUCCACCUCAACCACCUCCACCACCACCCCUUCGCAUUCGUCAACAAGCUCCAGCUCUUCCUCAACCACCCCCACUCGUUCUUCGUGAAAGACCACCACAACCACCAGCUUCAGUUGCUUCACAAACUGUCAUUCGUCGUUUAGCUGCUUUACCAGUUCCACCACGAUCAGUCAUCAUUGAACGUAUGCCACCCCUCCCACCUAAACCACGUGAUGUCAUCAUCGAACGAUGGGUUCCCUAUGGAGCACAAUGCAAACGUCGUACAAUUGUACAACGUGCUGGUGCUGCUCAACAAUAUGCUAAACCACGCAACGUUAUCAUUCAAUACGAACCUUCACAAGUACGUGUUGUUCGUCAAUUCCAACGCUUAGGUGUUACACAAGAAAACCCACAAGCUUAUGUUCAACGAUAUGGUGGUAACCUUCUCACUUCAUCCAUACUUUUACAACAAGCUCGUGCUGCUGGUGUUGUCGAAGACAUUUCACCACCCGCUGCUCGUGGUGCUGUUGUUGGUUAUAGUGCAGCAUCAUAUGGUCAAGAGAACAAUGGUUUCAAUCAAUCAUCACACUUCGACAGCAAUAGCUUCGGCUCAAAUGCUGGUGCUAGCUUUGGUGCUGAUGCUAGUUUCGGUGGUGCCAGCUUCGGUUCAAAUGCUGGUGCUAGCUUUGGUGGUGCUAAUUCUAGUUUUGGUGCUGAUGCUGGUUUCGGUGGUGCUGGAUAUUCAUCACAAGAAUCAUCAAGCUUUCAAUCAUCAGGCAAUGGAUACAGUGCCGAUGCAGGUUUUGGUGGUGGAUUUUCAUCAUCAUCAUCAUCAUCAUUUGAAUCGAACUCUGUUAAUGGUGCUGGAUUCGGUGGUGCUGGUGCUAGCUUUGGUGCUGAUGCUGGUUUCGGUGCUGCUGGUGCUAGUUUCGGUGGUGCUAGCUUUGGUGGUGCUAGUGCUGGAGGCAGUGGAUUCGAUGUCGUCGAUGCUGCUUUCCGAAAUGCUGAUCAAGAUCAAGAUGGAAAACUUAACCGUGCUGAAUUUCUCCGUUUCAUUCAACAAGGUUUAUAA